AUGCAACUCAAAAAAUUCUGGAUAAUUGCAGUCUCGCUAGCAGUUGUCAUUGCCCAAGGGUAUACACCAGGUGAGCAAUGGUCAUCGUUAACUCCUUCAGCAACCUUUUCUUGUGCUGCUACUGAGUUCACUUCUACUUUCGGUAUCGCUGUUCAAACUAUUUCAACCGAUUGUAUCAGUGCUAAUAAGAGAGAUCUUAUCUCUCAAAUCGGUGAUGGUCAAAUUCAAGUCACUGCUGUCCCUACUAAAGCCGGAUUGGUUUUCGUUGGCGAAAGUGUCGAUAUCACAACCACUUUAACUAGAACUUCUAUUAUUACAGUAAGAGAGAGAGCCACUACAACGUAUGUUGGCUACCAGGCUAGUUCUUUCAACAAAAACCCCGCAUCUAUCCUAUCCCCAUCACCGAGCCUUCCCUCUGUUAUUUCCUUUAUUUUUGCUUCAAAAUGCCAAACCACUGCCGUUGUUUCUUUAAAAAACGGUUCUUGUAGCAGUGAUAGUACUUUGAAAGUAACUUUAAUGGGCGGUAUCUUGACUGACGGUAAGGGUAGAAUCGGUUCUAUUGUUGCCAACAGACAAUUCCAAUUCGAUGGCCCUCCACCACAAGCUGGUGCCGUCUACGCGGCUGGCUGGUCUAUUACUCCAGAAGGUAACCUGGCCCUUGGUGAUGAGGAUGUCUUCUAUCAAUGCUUAUCUGGCGAUUUUUACAAUUUGUACGACCAAAAAAUUGGAGAGCAAUGCAGCAGAAUUCACUUACAAGCAGUUUCCUUGAUAAGUUGCUGA